AUGUCGUCCUCCCAGAGCGUCCAGUGCUUCGGCAAGAAGAAGACCGCCACCGCUGUCGCCCACUGCAAGCAGGGCCAGGGCCUCAUCAAGGUCAACGGCCAGCCCAUCUCGCUCGUCCAGCCCGAGAUCCUCAGAUUCAAGGUCUACGAGCCUGUCCUCAUCCUCGGCCUCGACAAGUUCGCCGGUGUUGACAUCAGAGUCCGCGUUACCGGUGGUGGUCACACUUCCCAGGUCUACGCCAUCCGCCAGGCCAUUGCCAAGUCCAUCACUAACGCGCAUUUAAGANUCGCCUACUACCAGAAGUUCGUCGAUGAGCACUCCAAGAACCAGCUGAAGCAGGCUCUUGUCGCCUACGACCGCACACUCCUCGUCGCCGACAACAGAAGAUGCGAGCCCAAGAAGUUCGGUGGUAAGGGUGCCCGCUCGCGCUUCCAGAAGUCCUACCGUUAA